AGGAAUCGUUACAGAAUGGGAAAAGCAUGUGUUGAACAGAUUGUGGAUAUGAUAUCGGAGGAUAUUUCUUCCAAUACAAACAGGAAUGAGGCACUAACUUCAAGCGAAAUGGUUCUGGUUGCAUUAAGAUUUUUAGCAACAGGUUGUUUUUUAAAAGUGUCUGGUGACUUACAUGGUGUUAGUGAAAGCAGUGUUUGCAGGGCAGUGCAUAAAGUUUGCCAUGCAAUUGCGAUACGUGCAAAUAAUUUUAUCAAAAUGCCCAGAACACAGGAACAAAUGUCAACAGUAAAAAAUGGUUUUUAUUCAAUCGCUAAAUUUCCAAAAUGUGUUGGGGCUGUUGACUGCACACAUGUAAGAAUACAAUCUCCUGGAGGUGACACAGCAGAACUCUACAGAAACAGGAAAAAUUUUUUUUCUUUCAACAUUCAGCUGAUUUGUGACAGUGAGUUGAAUAUUCAAAAUAUUGUUUGUCGCUGGCCUGGAAGUGCACACGAUUCGCAUAUUUUCAGAUCUUCGAGGAUCAAAGAAGAAUUUGAAAAUGGUGAUUUUGGAAAUUCAGUUAUUGUAGGAGAUAGUGGUUAUGGCAUAAAACCUUAUCUUAUUACUCCUUUAGCAAAUCCACGAACUCCAGCUGAAAAUUUGUUUAAUGAAUCGCAGAUUCGCACAAGAAAUCCAAUUGAACGAUGCAUUGGGGUAUGGAAGAGAAGAUUCCCUGUGUUAGCAUAUGGUCUUCGUGUGAAAUCUACAAAAGUUGAAGCCAUUGUUGUCACAUGUGCUGUAUUGCAUAAUAUUGCAAUGGCAAACAAUGACAAUAUGCCUGAUGAGAUACCAUUUUUCCAGCAAUAUGUAGCUGAAACUUUUGUAGAAAAUGAAAUAAACAUGUUCAAUCAUAAUCGUGAUAAUACAGUGAGGUUAUCGUUAAUUAACUAUUUUGAUAGUUUGAUUGAAAAUUAACUAAGGUUUUUCUAGUCCAUGAAAAAGAGUUGUUUUGUGGGUUAUAAUUUUCUAGAAAAAGAUUUCUGCUUUGUGAUAUUAUGUAUACUCCAUCUAAUUUAUUUACCGUUGCACGUCAUCCGCGUCAUAGCCCGUGACGUCACAUGAUACCAACACGAAAUAUUUAGGCGGCAGGUGUGUUC